CUCUCUCUCUCUUCCUUUAUUUCUUCGAAGACUAUUAUCCCCCUUAGGUUCAUCUUCGACAGAGAAAUGACGACGAGUUUGGAUCGGUGGGAGAAGGAUCCUUUCUUUGCCGCUGCUGAAGAAGUUCAGGAAUCUGCCGACAGGAUGGAGUCAGCUUACAGGUCAUGGAUCAAGCGAGGCUCUUCGAAUGUAUGGGACUCUGAUCAGCUUCACAGGGGCCUUCACGCUGCUCUUGGAACCACCAAAUGGCAGUUAGAUGAAUUCCAACGAGCUGUUAAAUCUAGCUACGACAAUCGUCUAAAUGACGAAACUCAAGAUAGGCAUCGGGAGUUUACUUUCGUGAUGGAGACUCAAGUUGCGAAGAUAGAGAAAUCUCUCAAGGAAGCUGAUGAUGGCAAAGGAACUCCGAGAUGGGUGCGUUUGGACGAAGAUGAUCGUAACGAGCUUGCUCUCUUCUUGACUGGACCGUCUGAGUCUGAAAAGAAACAAGCAAAGACGCAAGGUCAUAGGAGAACGGCCAGUGCUACUCCUGACAUCGGUGCUUGGAACAUUGCGGUUUCCAAAGACGGGUUAUUACAGAAAUCUUCUGGUGAGCCACCGGUUCGACCUCCACGGAAAGUUCCAAGCGUCUCCGGGUUCUUGAAUUUUAUGGAGCCUGGCUCCAAAAAUUGCGUUAGGAAGUGGAAGGCCUUGGAUCGACAAGGAGACUCUGAUGCUGUGUUGUUAUUGCCCAUCCAAGCGAACCAGGUAAGAUCUCCAAACAAGAGUUGUAUGGAGUGUGAAGAGGAUUGUUAUGAGAAGCAGCUUCACGGUUGGUAUGGAGCUAUACAGAGGCAGCUUCAACGGUCACAGUAUCGAAUGAGAUAUAGUAAAACCGUUCAAGCUACGAUUUGGAUUCUUCUUUUACUUUUUCUUAUAGGUAAAUAUUUACUAAACCGAACUUUCUUCCCCCUCUGCAAGUUCAUUAGUAUUUGAGAUUUGGCUUGCAGUGGUAGUCGCAACGCAUGCAAUGUAGAAGACAGGUAUGAAUACGACGCUGGAGAGUUCAUUCAUCUUCGUUAUGAGACGGAUUUGGCA